AUGGUUUCGACGCCAACUACAAAUCCAGAGCUCUCCAAACCAAGCAGACCGCCCGAGUCCAUCCAGGAUGCCCAUAAACUACCAACAGCAGAUGAUUUCCUAUCUCAUUUCACGGCUGUUACGCAAAUAAAGGGAAUGACAAUGUCAGAGGCAAAAUCAUCAUGCUCUUGGGAAGUUAGCGAGGAGGUCAAUUUUCAGUACGGCAACGAUUCCGAAUGGGCAGUUCAAGAUAGGGCUGACGAAGAGCUUGAGUUCCGUCGGAAUCAAUGGCACCAUUUCAUCAAUAAUGAAUUGUUACCAUACGAGUCAUACAAAGAUCGAUUCAACGGUCGUGGUAUUGUCAUUGUUGCAGGAAAUGGAAAGAGCUUGAAGCGUGUCAGGGUCAUCCUGCGACAAUUGAAGAGUCUGGGAUCUCGGCUACCAAUUGAGCUGCAUUACUGGGGCGAUGAAUUUCCAACCAAAGCCCAAAAAGAAAUGUCCACGUUGUGGCCUAGCAUGUACUUCAAUGAUCUAUCUUCGUCAUCGAACAUUCUGAAAAGCAGCAACGACAACUUCUUCCACAUCAAUUAUCAGCUCAAGACCGUCGCUGUCAUGAACUCGCGGUUCGCUGAGCCAUUAUUACUAGACUCAGACAACAUACCAAUCAUUGAUCCCGAAUCUCUUUUCGACUCAGAUACGUACAAGGAAUUCGGCACCUUAUUCUGGCCAGACAUUGCAAGGACACGACCCAAUAAUCCAAUAUGGGCAAUUACGAACACGCAGUGCCGUAUGGACGAAUAUGAGCAGGAAAGCGGACAGCUUAUUGUUGAUAAGCGCAAGUUCUUCUAUCAUUUGCAAUUGGCCGCUUGGUUCAACAACGUCCACGCACAGUAUUACAAUGAGUUUCUGCUUGGUGAUAAGGACAUGUUUCGAUUCGCAUGGCAUGCUCUAAAAACCAAAUAUGGAACUCCACGGAAAUGGGUCACAAGUGUUGGAACGGUUGCCCCAAAUGGGUAUUAUUGUGGUCACAGUUUCGCACAGCAUCAUCCCAAUGGAUCAGUUGCAUUUCUCCAUGGUGGGCUACUCAAGACGAUACCAAAAGCAGUCAUGAAAUGGGAACGAGAGAGCCGAGGAGGCAUUUUCCAAGCUUACAAGAGAAGUGUAGUUGAUGAACGACACAACCUCAUUGAGAAGGUUGCUAUCAGUAUGGAUGGCGUACCAUAUCUACCAAACAGGCCCGAAGAUUUGGGAAUUCAGUGGUGCACUGAUCUUAAGGAUGUUCAUCCUCGUAAAUUGGAUGAACUUGUUCCUGGUUUUGAGAAGACUUUCGAGGAUCUUGGAGGUUAUUGGAUGUUGGAUAACGAUGGUACACAUACAUAA